AUGGUGUCAAAAGACUCGGCGAGCUUUCUCGAUUAUAUAGAUUUAAAUGAAAAAUCAUUAUUAAUUUCAUUUGUCUCGAUUACAUUUAACCCCAUUUUCUGGAAUCAUGUUGCAAGGAGAGAAUAUAAAACAAAAUUUAUCACCCGUCUCGCAGGUGGUAAUGCUUUCCUUGGAUGUUAUGCAUUAGCAGUUACUAUUUUCUCGUUGGGUAUAUUUCGUGAUUACCUAUACAAAACGGCAAUCGAGAAUCAACCCCAAUAUCCAGGUCUACAACAUGACUACGUUAAAGCAGUGGCGAUAGGAUUGUUUUUGGCAGGGAAUAUAUUUGUGCUGUCUUCUAUGUAUGCGUUGGGUGUUACGGGAACAUAUCUUGGUAAAGAGAUCGAACAAUGGUUUGCUAGUCCAGCAGGACUUGUUCUGACUGCCUGGGCCUUUUUCUGCUAUAUUGUCGCGCUACGAUUUGAAGGACCGUUUACUACUAUGAUUUAUGAACGUCGUGAUGCCGCGGAAAAGGCAAAAGAUAAUUAA